UCACGCCCCCUGAUUAGGUGGCACCCUUCCUUUCCUGUGGCCCUCUGCGGGCAUGGAGAUGCCUCAGACAGGGUCCUUUCUCUCAGGGCUGCCCAAAUGAAGGGGACAAGUGGUGCUUCUGGAUACAGAGCCUCUCCCAUUUACUUCCCUUGGGAAACGCUGGGGCAGAGACCCUUUCCCUCAUUGAAAGACUCUCUCGGUGUCUCUCCUGAGGACACCUUCAGUAAACUGGGCUGUGCAUGGCUCUGAAUUGAGGCUGGCCUGGCCCCCUGGGCUUCUGGGGUGCCCCAGGCUGUCGUGUGGCUUCCCUGUGCAGAGGCCUGCAUGGAGCCCCAGAUCACCCCUUCCUACUACACCACCUCGGAUGCUGUCAUUUCCACCGAGACUGUCUUCAUCGUGGAGAUCUCCCUGACGUGCAAGAACAGGGUCCAGAACAUGGCUCUUUAUGCUGACGUCAGUGGAAAACAAUUCCCUGUCACCCGGGGUCAGGAUGUGGGGCGUUAUCAGGUGUCCUGGAGCCUGGACCACAAGAGCGCCCAUGCGGGCACCUAUGAGGUCAGAUUCUUCGACGAGGAGUCCUACAGCCUCCUAAGGAAGGCUCAGAGAAAUAAUGAGGACAUUUCGAUCAUCCCACCCCUAUUCACGGUCAGCGUGGACCAUCGGGGCACGUGGAACGGGCCCUGGGUCUCCACUGAAGUGCUGGCCGCAGCAAUCGGCCUAGUGAUCUACUACUUGGCCUUCAGCGCAAAGAGCCACAUCCAGGCCUGAGGGUGGUGCCCCCAGCCUUCCCUCGAUUCUUUCAAUAAACACUCGCUGGCCUUCACGAGCACACUCAGGA